GACCCAGACGGCGUUUCCGCUUCCGCUCUUGGUCGAGUUGUCCCUUCUGUCACCAUCAGCUGCACAAUUGGAUCAUGAGCCCCUUGAGGGAACAGAACUGACUGAAUGGAAGAUCUCUGCCAUUCCUUACUGGGGGCCAUUUGAGUUGAGGGGGGGAGGGAAGCGCUUUGGGUUUCUGAACGCCGGGCGGGCAUCCUAGCUGGAAGAAGAUGUUUGCCAAACUGAAAAAGAAGAUCGCCGAUGAGGCUGCAACUGCCCCACGGCCUGGAGGGCUGGCCAGGAUGCCCAGAUCGGUCAGCAAAGAAUCCGUCACGUCAGCAGGAGCAGAGUCGGGGGACGAUUUUCCAUCUGAUGGAAGCAGUUCCAGAGAAGACCUGUCAUCCCAACUGUACCGAAGAAAUGAACAAAUACGGAAACUAGAAGUUAAGCUAUCCGAUUACGCUGAACAGGUCCGAAACCUGCAGAAGAUCAAGGAGAAGCUUGAAAACGCGUUAGAGACACAUCAAGAUUCCUUUGUGAAGAAACUCCAAGAGCAGAACGAAACACACCAGGCCAGCCUAGGCAAGAUGACGGAAGAGAUGCACCUGGCAUCGGAGAAGAAAGACCAGGAGUGGCGGGAAAAACUAUCCCAUCUGGAAAAGGAGAGGAGGCUCCUUUCAUCCCAGUUGCAAGAAAUGAGAGAGCAGAGUUUGAAUCUGUUCCAGAAGAGGGAUGAGAUGGAUGAGCUGGAAGGCUUCCAACAACAGGAGCUGGCCAAAAUCAAGCACAUGCUUCUGAAAAAGGAGGAGUCCUUGGCCCAGAUGGAGGGAGAGCUGAGAUCUUCCACCCAGGAGCUGCUACAAACACGAGACGAGCUGCAAGCCGCUCAGGACUCGUCCUCACGCUUGGCCAGAGAGGUCCAGGAGUUGCAACAACAGCGGGGAGACCUUACAACGGAAAGGGAUGAGCUCAAAGAUGCCAGAGAGAGCAUCGAAAACAAGAUCAGCAGCCUGGAAGAACGGAGCCAAGAGCUGCAAUCCUACGUCCAACACGUGUCGGUAGAUCUGCAGAAGGCUCAGCUGGCUGCCUCUAGUGCGGAGGAGAACCUGGACGUGCUGCAGGAAGAACACCAAUCCCUGAAGGUGGAAUUUCAAGAGCAAAGGCAAAAGAUGGCUGUCCAAGUGGAGGAGAAGACGCAGCUGGUGGACCAACUGCAGGAGAAGGUGGCCGUCUUGGAGAAGCGAUUGGAAGGCAGCCUCUCGGGGGAUGAACAUUUCCAGGAGCUGUUCAGGGAGAAAAGUGCUCUAGAGCAGAGCCUGGAAGACACUCGACAAGAGCUCCUGGCAGCCCAAACUGGUCACAAGGAGACCCUAAAUCUCCUCGAAACUCAGAUUGACCAGCUGAAGUGCAGGUUGGCCACGGAAGAAGCCGGCCGGAGGGAGGAGGAAGAAUCCCACCGGAGCCUCCAGGCGAGCAGGUCGCAGCAGCUGCAGGAUUUGGAACAAGCCCUUCGGCUCGCCCAGGAGGCCCUGACCCGGAGCCAAGACGGGCUCAGGGAGAAAGAGUUGCAGAUCCAGAAGCUGCAAGUGGAUCUGGAGUCGGAGCGGGUCCGGUCCCAGGAAGGCCUCUCUUCCAUGCAGUCUCAGUGGGGAACGAUCUGCCUUCUGACCCCAGAAUUCUUCCUCGCUUGGCAGGCACAACUAAGCAGCAGCACCGAAGCCUUGGAGGAGGCCCAGAAACAGGGCAAGGCGCUGCAGCAACAGCUGGCAGAUCUGACCUCGUUGUUACAGGAAAAGGAGCAACAGAUUGCAGCCAAAACAGAGAAUUUCCUGAAAUGGGAGGAAGAGGCAAAAUCGUUAAGGCAAGGUCAUGACCUGCUUUUGCUGCAGACGCAUCAGCUGCAAUCCAGCCUCGAGACGUGCCAGGGCCAGGCGGCGGAGAAGGAGGCCGCCUUGCAGAAGCAGCUGUGGGCUCUCCAGGCGCAGCUCCAGGAACAGCAAGAAUGCCUGCUAGCCAGGGAGAAGCAAGCUGCGGUGUUAGAAUUAGCCUCUAUGGCUUUGGAAGACCAGCUACACCUUUCGGAAGAUGGAGAGCCGGAAGCCAACGGAGAACUGCUUUCCUCAGAUGCAGUCCAACUCCAGAAGGAGAACCAAGACCUGGAACAGCAGAUAGUGGAAAAAAACAAGAUGAUAAAGCAGCUACAGCAGAGAAUGGCAGAGCUGAAAAAAACGUUGCAGAAAGAGCUUAAAAUUAGACCUGAUGGGGAACUCCCUGAAGUGCCCACGGCGGGUUUGACUGUAACAAACAACUCGGAUCUGAGCGACUCCCGAGAGAUCAACUUCGAGUAUUUGAAGCACGUGGUGCUAAAAUUUAUGUCCUGCCGGGAAUCAGAGGCACUUCAUCUGAUCAAGGCUUUGUCCGUGUUGCUCAACUUCUCCCCAGAGGAAGAAAACAUGGUCAAGGAAACCUUGGAGUACAAGAUGUCCUGGUUCGGUUCCAAGCCGCUUCCCAGGGGCAGCGUCCGGCCUUCCGUCUCCAACCCAAAGAUGAUGUGGUCCUGAAGACGGUUCUGGCUCCCGAUUUGUUGGGUUUGGUGGGAGGGGGGUGGUGGUAUUGGUGGUGGUUCUUUCCCCUAUGAAAAGAUGCACCCGACUACGGUGGUUUUUUUGAUGGCGGUGACGUCACGCCACGAACUUGGGGAGGUAGAGGAAGAAGUUUACACAAAGCUGACCUGUGAAAGGAGGGCCUCUCUCCCCCCCAUUGCUUUUGUGGGACGAGUUUUACUACAGGCAGGAUCUUAAAGGUGCCUUUUGGGGUUUUUGCAAGCCACCAACCUCUCCAGCGACGUACAGCAGGGAUAGAGAAAGUCUUUCCCAUUUUCUUUCUGGUGGCAUUGCAGUCCUUAGGGAGGAUGGAGAAGCAAUUCUGCCCACCACGCUCAACUUAUCAACACUACACACUCCGGGAAAAGGUUACUAACAGUUGAGGCUGCCAAGGGUUUGGAGGAGGGAAGGAGUUCUAAAGUUUUAUUUUAUUUUUCUCUCUCUCUUCUUCUUCUUCUUCAAAGAAAAACGGUUUUUAAGCAGGCCUUUGUGGCACUCUAGCUUUUUUUAAACUAAUAAACGGAUGUAUCAGUGGCCAGGUGGGGAAGGAAACGGAAAUUGGAUGGGCGUGGCAGCCGAAAAACCACCCAACUCCCCCCUCGACAGCCAUCCCAGCGAUGAGUGGCAGAGCCAGGCUAAUUGCAGCCACGCUCUUCCUUAGCCGCAAGGAAGCGUGGACAUUCAUAAAACCCAUGUGGCUGCUUUAUUUUUUUUUAAUUUUCUUUUUUCCAAUGGGUCCAUUCAUACCCUGGAGCGCCCAAAGCCGGUUCGAACUUAAAAGCAGCCGUGUUUUUCCCCCCAACCCACUUAAAACCACCCUACUUUUGAGCAAAUAAAACUGCAGUGUUUUUAACUAUUUAGAGACCGGCUGAUAAGGUUGCAGUGGGCCUUUCUUUGGGGGGGGAAAAAGGACAUUUUGGCAGUCCCGCACCACUGUUUUCCUGCGCAUUGCUAUGUAGCUAGUCUCUCUUUUUUUUUUCCCACCGGCUUUUGGAAACGGCUGGCCAGAGAUUCCCUUUGAGGCCAGGGGUCUUCAGGUAAACCCUCUAAAAGAAAAGCUGGCCGCCUUCACCCGCCUUCCUUUUGAGCGGUGAAGCGGGCCGAGCAAGGCGGCGACGGGUUGUAGCAAACGAAUGCACUUUUCCUUCCUUGUACAGAGAGACCCUAAACUGACCCCGGGGGUUGGGGGUCUACAGGAAAAGCCCUUAGGUGGCUUCUUUGGGGAGGCCACUCAAUUCUGUGUACAUAAUGGAUGGACUCUUUUAACGAUGGAUGCGCGAUGGCUUAAGUGAGACCUCAUUCGUGGUGCAAUACAGGUUUUCUUUUUUUUGGAUUAUUAACCC